AUGCCGUCAUCAAUCGUCUUGAGGCUUGCGCCCGCGGCAUUGCUGCUGUUGGGUACUGCGCAAGCCGAGUACUCUAUAGACACAAGAGAACAGGUUCUCACAACAGCUAGCACACUCGCGUACGAUCUCAUGUUAUUCUACCAAGGCAACAAGACGGGCGAGAUUCCAGGCAUUCUCCCAGGGCCCCCGGAUGACGGCAAAGGAGACUACUACUGGUGGCAAGGCGGCGCCAUGAUGGGAACAUAUAUCGACUAUUGGUACUAUACCGGCGACGAGAGCUACAACAAGGUUGUCACAGAAGGCAUGCUGCAUCAAGUUGGACCUGGACGCGAUUACAUGCCGCCAAACCACACGGCCUCUCUCGGCAACGAUGACCAAGGCUUCUGGGGAAUGUCAGCAAUGUUAGCAGCCGAAAACAAAUUCCCGGAUCCUCCGGAAGGCGAACCGCAAUGGCUUGCGCUCGCGCAAGCGGUGUGGACAACACAAGCCAGUCCGGACCGUCACGACGGGACUUGCGGCGGCGGCAUACGCUGGCAAGUUCCUCCCAUGAACGUUGGCUAUGAUUACAAGAACACCAUCUCGAACGGCAUCUUCUUCAACAUGGGCGCUCGCUUGGCUCGCUACACCAAUAACGACACGUACGCUCGCAUUGCGGAGGAGACUUAUGACUGGCUGUGGGCCGUGAACUACAUUGACCACGAGAACUACCGCGUCUACGAUGGCGGCCACGUCCCGAAAAACUGCACCAACGUCUUCAAGGCUACCUUUUCGUACAACAUUGCAGUUGUUAUGCAGGGCUGUGCGUUCAUGGCGAAUUACACCGAAGAUCAAAAAUGGGUUGAUCGCACUGAGAGACUGGUCGAAUCCGCCAUCCGAGACUUCUUUGCCGAUGGCGCUGCCUACGAAGUGCCGUGUGAGAUGGACAAAGGACGCUGCUCCCAAGACAUGCUGAGUUUCAAGGGCUAUCUUCAUCGGUGGAUGGCUGUCGUUGCUCAACUUGUUCCUACGACUCGCGAGCAAAUCGCGCCGGUUCUUCGCAACUCAACGCAAUCUGCGAUCAAGCAAUGCACGGGCGGCAAUUCCGGACGCGUAUGCGGCUUCUACUGGACCCAGGGCGUGUUCGUCGACCCGGCUGUCGAUAAAACGAGCGGUGCCGGCGAGCAGAUGAACGUACUCGGCGCGGUUUUGAGCACCAUGGACCCGCCCGUGCCGCCCGCCACAAACACCACCGGAGGCACUUCCAAGGGAGACCCGAACGCCGGCAUGGACUCUCACCCGUACCGGGAGUUCGAACCCAUCACUACCGGCGACAAGGCGGGCGCGAGUAUCAUAACCAUCGUUGUCCUUCUCAGUGCUGUGAGCAUUUGGGCAUGGAUGUCUGUCGGGGCGUCGGAGUGGAAUGAGAGCAAGGGCAAGACUUUACUGAAACCGGAGGCCAUGGAAUCGACAUCGAAGGAGAGCGUAUUUCCAGCGAUGAAGUGA